AUGGCGGCCAGCUACUGGGACUCGACGCAGAGGCGGUUCUGGGAGUUCUCCAAGGAGCAGCUGGCGGCACUUCGCCAACGCAAGCAAGACGAAGAGCGCAGCCUCGUGCAGAUGUACCCGUUGCCGGAAUGGCGUCACCUCAGCCUGUUCUUCUCGCAGCAGCUCAACCGCCUUGCUAAGCGCCUGCAGGCGCGCCAACAGGCCCUUGCGACCGCCCAGGUCUACCUCAAGCGAUUCUACUGCAAGGUCGAAAUCCGCCGCACCAACCCCUACCUCGCCAUGGCCACCGCGCUCUACCUCGCGUGCAAAACCGAAGAGUGCCCGCAGCACAUCCGCCAGGUCGUCCAGGAGGCCAAAGUCCUGUGGCCCGAUACCCACUGCCUCGAGAUUGCCCGCCUCGGCGAGUGCGAGUUCUUCAUGAUCUCCGAGCUCUCCUCCCACCUUAUCAUCCACGCGCCGUACCGCACGCUCCAGACCCUGCAGGCUGAGCUGGGCCUGACGCCCGACGAGCUCACCCAGGCGUGGUCCAUUGUCAACGACCACUACAUGACCGACCUGCCGCUGCUCUACCCUCCGCAUGUCAUCGCCGUGACAGCCAUUGUCUGGGUGCUGGUUCUUCAGCCGGCAACGUCCGGUGGAUCGAACAAUGGCGGCGGCAUCGGCCUCAUGGGCCAGACUAUGGGCACGGCGAAUGGUAGCGGCUCUGGCGGCAACCAUACGGGGGUCGGUGGUAACAACGGCGCUGCACCUGGCGGCAUGGGCGUCGGUGGGUCUUCGUCGAUUCAACCGCCGCCGCUACUGCUCUCCCUCUCUUCUCUGGGUCCGGGCACGAGCACCCCCGGUGGCGGGACACCAGGCACGCCUGGCAUGAGUGGCAUGGGCACGCCGACGACUGCCGGUGGCUUUCCAGCCAUGUCGUCGGCUCGGUCCGUGGCGUUUGCUCACGCCCAGGCACAAGUCGCUGCUGCAGCCGCUCUUCUCGGUGGCGGCGGCCCCAUGCAGCACAUGCCACAAGGCAUGAACCCCGGAGCGGCGCAGAGCGGCUAUGCUGGCGGGAACAACAAUAACAACAAUAACAACAAUAACAACAGCAACAGUGUCGCCAAUGCUAGCAGCAGCAACAGCAAUACAGCGUCGGAAGAAACACCACCGGCCGACGGCGGGCGCACGGCAACGAUGCACUGGCUGAUUCGCUGGUUGGCUGAGAGCGGGCUCGACAUGGAAGCCACCAUCGACUGCACCCAAGAGAUGAUCUCGUUCUACAUGGCCAGCGAAGAGUACAACGAGAAGUUGACGCGCGAACAGAUUAACCGCUUUGUCAAAGCGCGUGGACUGGACAGGUGA